AUGAAUUUUGGGGUGCAUGGGGCUCCCGGGGAUGGUGCGGCGGGCUGGAGGUGUGCAAGGUCCCGGAGGUGUCACCCCCGAGGUCUCCGAUGGAAGCCGGAGCUGCGCACCCACACCCCGGAGCCGUCCCCGCAGCCCCUUUGGGUGCCAGCCCUGGCGUCCUCGGCCCCGGCGAGCUUUUACGCAACCUACGGUGCAAAGACAAGGAUGCAGAGCUUGCAGCCGGACCCCAAAGCCCAGUACAGGAGCGUGUACGAAGCUUUGAAGAAGAUUGUCCUUACAGAGGGUUUCUGGAGGCCUUUACGUGGGAUUAAUGUCACCAUGCUGGGGGCCGGCCCUGCCCACGCAAUGUACUUUGCCUGCUAUGAAAAAAUGAAAAAGUCUCUAAGUGAUACUAUCCAGCAUGGAGGAAACAGCCACUUGGCCAAUGGUAUAGCUGGGAGCGUGGCCACGCUACUCCACGACGCAGUGAUGAAUCCCGCUGAAGUGGUGAAGCAGAGGAUGCAGAUGUUCAACUCCCCCUACAAGUCCGUCCUGGCGUGCAUAAGGACAGUGCAGAAGACGGAGGGGUUCAGUGCCUUCUACCGCAGCUACACCACCCAGCUCACCAUGAACGUCCCCUUCCAGGCCAUUCACUUCAUCACCUAUGAAUUCAUGCAGGAGCAGAUCAACCCACACCGGGAGUAUAACCCUCGGUCCCACAUAGUCUCCGGUGCCGUCGCGGGGGCUGUGGCCGCCGCCGCCACCACUCCUCUGGAUGUCUGCAAGACCCUGCUCAACACCCAAGAGAACAUGGCCUUGAGCUCUGUGAACAUCAGCGGACAUCUCUCGGGCAUGGUGAACGCCUUCAAGACUGUCUAUCAGCUGGGGGGCAUUUCGGGGUAUUUCAGAGGGGUGCAGGCACGCGUCAUCUACCAGAUGCCUUCAACGGCCAUCGCCUGGUCGGUGUAUGAAUUCUUCAAGUACUUUCUCACAAAGCACAAGCUGGAAAAAAGAACAUCCUUGUGAAGGACUUCCCGCGAGUGAAUGCGAGCCUCCGUGUCCCCUCCGUGUGUGUCUGUGUGUGCCUGCAAGCCACCCAGCCCUGGGUCUCUGCUAAGGAACAUGCCAGGUUUCUGGUGGAGUCACAGCUGACGUCCGCUUCUCCCUCCCCAAGGAAGGAGGGGUUAAAGUGGUCCUCAGUCACGUGUUCCCCUCCUUGCUUAAACAAUUAAAUAGUUUAUAAAGACUUAUAAUAAUAUAUAUAUUUAAUAACUUUAUUUUGGAGAAGUGAAAUUGCUAACUGAUAUUUUUCUCUGAAUAAGUUUGAAGAUGUAGUUUACUCCUCACCAGAAGGCUUAGGUUAUACAGCCUAGGCUGGGGUUUUUUUACAGAAAAGAAGCAAAAUAUCUUGUCACAGAACUUACUUUUUAUAUAAAUAUAAAAUAGAUGGAUAAUGUUUAUCCUUUAUUUUUCUAUCUAGGCAUUUGGGUUGUUUUUUAAAUACUAUCACAGCUAGAUGCUGAGCUGUUUAAAAAGGGCUAAAUUCUUCCAUCCUGUGUAAGGAAGACACAAAAGCAUUUAUUUUUAUAGCCAGAUUGGCUUUAAUUGUACAGCAUUUAGCCCCCAGACGGUGGCCUGGAUUCUCGUGUGGGUGUCAAGGUACUUGGUAGCCCCUUGAGACUUGCUGGGGUGGGGGAGAAGGAAUGGGGGCACCACUUUGGGAAACUGUAGGAUGCCAAGGAGGGGCACCCCAAAAUACCUGAUCACUCUGGGGGGGAGAGGGGGAAACUAUCAACUCCAUUUUUUUUUUUUUUUUUUUUACAAGGAGAGUCUUAAAAAAAAUAUAUGUAGAUUUUUAAAGAAUAGUAUUUUUUUGCAAACACUUUUUUUUUAAAGGUACAUUUUUAUGGUGUGUGAUAGCUAAACAGCCUUCAUCCUCCCUUAAUUUAUUCAUACUUCUUUUUCACUAGGGCCCUGACCCCGCUUACAGGAGCGACCGUGCACAUCUUGAUAGCUGGCAGGGUCGAAGCAGGGUGCGUGGAGCUGCUCUGCUCCCCGGGGGAGGACCAGAGCUUCUGUUUACAGUUCAGCUACUGAGUCACAAGGGUCGCAUCCUGGCAGCACCAAACCAGCAGCAGGCAGUGAAAGCCUUGGGAAAGCCUUUCCUGCAGAACCGAAGCUACCUCCCAGCCCAUGUUUGACAAUAAGCUGCUGCUCAUCUCUUUUGGGGAAGCGGGG